ACAAAACUCGGCGGCGCUUAAACCACACGAGAAACUGGUUUUUACUCAUUGGAUUGGCGUACGAGAAACCAGAAAAUCAAAAAAUGGCGAAUGAAAUGGAAGAACUAAUUGGAUUCCUCUCGGCUCCUUCUCCACAAGUGCAGAAGGUAGCUGUUGAUAUUGUUCGUGAUUUAACUGGAUCAGAAGAUGGACUACAAUCCCUCGCCAGUUAUUCCAAAACCGUGCUUCCAUCCUUGUGUCGACUAUUAGGUGAAAAAAAGGAGGUCUCUGAAGCAGCAACACAAGCUCUCGUGAAUCUCUCCCAAAAUUCUGAUUUGGCAUCAAAGAUGAUUGAAAUUGGUAUAAUUAAAGUAACCAUGGAUAUUCUAUACAAACAAGGAUGUGAAAUCACUGGAUUACUAGUCAUGCUUCUUGUUAAUCUUACACAGCUUGAUUCUGGUGUUGAAUCAUUGCUUCAGUUAGGAGAUGAUAAGGUGCAGGGGUUGUAUGUCAUGAAACUUGUGAGAUCAUUUUGCACAUCAUCCAAUGAGAAAAAAGAUGAUCCAUUUGGGCAUGUUGGAUCAAUACUUGUAAACAUUUCAAAAAACAAAGAAGGAAGAUCACUUCUUUUAGACUCCAAACGUGGGCUUUUGAAACAAAUUAUCAGACAAUUUGAUUCCACAAGCAUAUUGAGAAAGAAAGGGGUAUCUGGCACUAUUCGGAACUGCUGUUUUGAAGCUGACAAUCAAAUACAAAAUUUGCUUCUGAUAUCAGAGUUUCUUUGGCCAGCUUUACUUCUACCAGUUGCUGGAAACAAGGUGUAUAAUGAACAAGAUACUUCAAAGAUGCCACUUGAAUUAGGAAGUGCACUUUCAAUUGAGAGGGAACCUGUAACCGAUACUGAAAUACGCGUCCAAGCAUUGGAGGCUAUUUACUUGAUUAUAUUACAGGGGGCAGGUAGAAGGGCAUUUUGGUCAGUAAAUGGACCACGGAUACUUCAAUUAGGGUAUGAGGAGGAAGAGGAUCCGAAAGUAAUGCGUGCAUAUGAGCAAAUUGGCUCUUUGCUAGUUGAAGGUAAUGAUACGGAGGAAGGAUCCAUGCAGACAUCUGCAUAGUAUGCAUCAAAAGUUAGUGUUGUUAAACUCGUAUGAUGUUUUUGCUUCUAUUAUUUAAUGGCGUGUAAUUUUUAUUAAUCUUUACUCAUUAGUCAUUGCUAAGCUUUGUUGCACAUUGUUAGUAUAUUCUCAAUGAUAAGGAUGAUGAGGGCAUUUAUGUCACAUUUUUUGUGGAA